GCUAUUUAUAAACAAUCAAACCCAUUACCAUUUUGGAAACAUCAUCAGCACAAGUUUCCGUGUUUAUCAUUGCUCAUUCGACGUCUUUUUUCUAUACCAGUUACUUCAGCUGCAGUCGAGCGCUCUUUUUCUGCUGCAGGUUUAGCUGUUACUGAACGUCGUUCUUCUCUUGAUCCUGAUACUGUGAACGACAUUCCUUUUGACAGAUCCAUUCAAAAUCUUCUUGCACAAAAUCCAGAUUUUUUUUCUUCAUACUACUGUCUUUGUGCUCAAUUAUUUAUUUAA